AUGGAGAAAGAUUCGUCUAUAACGUCCGACGAUGAUGAUACAGGUCAAUCGGUACAAUCUCGUCCUCCAUGUGCUGUAUGUGGUGCACCGUCUAUAGGGAGAAAUUUCGAUGCAAUGACAUGUUUAUCAUCAUUUUUUCGUCGUAAUGCCUAUAAUGAAAAUCUUAUUUAUACAUGUCGGAUAAGAAAUUCAUGUCCAAUAUCAUCUAUAACAAGAAGACAUUGCUCAGCUUGUCGUCUUAAGAAAUGUUUUCAUCAGGGUAUGAAAAAAGAACUUAUUCGAAGUUUGAAUGCAAUCAAUAAUGCUACAUCUACUGCAAUAAUAAAUCGACCACCACCACCACAACAACACCAAUCGUUAAGAUCGACUACUAUUGGUUCAAUACCUCAAACGAAUCGAUCUGUUUUAUCAUCUAAUGAUUGGACUUUAUUAACGAAUAUUCGCGGUGUUUAUGAAGAAUAUUGUAUUAAUAAAUUUAUUGAAUCCCAUGAAAUCAUUCCACUUAUACCACCUAUACAACCAUAUCGAUCACGUAUUAAAUUACAACGUUUACUUGAUCUUCGAUAUAAAUACACAAUUAUUGUUGCUUCAUUUAUAAAACGUAUUCUUCAACUAGAUUCAUUUCAUAUAUCAUCAGAACAUCAUUAUCAUUAUUUGAAAACCAGUUUUCCAUGUUUAACAUCUGUAAAUGUUAGUGAAUUAAUGAAAUCUAAAGUACUAGAAUUUUUACCAUGGGAACAUGAUCAAUUAGUAGUACAAGCUGUUCUAUCAGACGAGAUUAUUCUACGUGCAGAAACGAUUUUAAAUGCAUUUCAAACAUUUGCACCAUAUGAUCCAUUUAUUAUGAAAUUAUGGGUUAUUAUACUUGCAUUAUCAUCUCAAACAAUGCCUUUAAUUAAAAAAGAUCAAUAUAUUGCAAGAGAUUUUGAUUCUGUGCCAAAAAAUCUCUUGACAAGUCAAAAUUAUUAUCUAACACUUCUCUGGAAAUAUGUGAUAUAUCGUCUGGGUUAUAAUAAUGGUAUAAAUUUCUUAGUCAGAUUUAUUCAAAAUUUUCUUCGAAGACAAAAACUUGAAGCUGAUGUGAUUGAAGUAAUACAAAAUAGAGAUGAUCAUGGUCAACUUAUACAAUUUAUACAGAUGAAUCUAACAAUUUAG